AUAAACAUAAAGAAAUGAGAUAAAUGCUCUCUCUCUCUCUCUCAUGGGUUUUGGGGAUCCUUCUGUCUUGCUUCCGAGAAAAAUUCCAUCUUUGGUCGGAGCGCCUCAUCGAAUUCCCGAGAGGGAAACCCUAAUCCACCCUGAUCGCGAAGCGAGAACUUUAUGGAAUUUGAAGGGUGGGUUCCAAGAACUGAAUACUGAUAGUGGAAAUUGGAAAGCUAAUUCCUUGACAAUUCCGAAGGUUGUUUUGAUGGGCUGAAAGAAUUCAUCAUUUGAGGUCAAUAAGGUCGAAUUUGAUACCGCAAGCUGAUUCCAGAAUUCGAAUACAUAAGUAGUGGAUUCUGAAGGGUAUUGAAUGGAUUCUUUUGAUCUCAACACCCGCUUGCCUCCUCGGAAGCGACUACUUGCCGGGCUAAAGAAGGAGGUCUGUGAUUGUGAUUUCUUGUUUCCUUUUCCUUUCAUUUCUAGUGAUCUCAGUGCCCGUCUCCGUGAUAUUAUCAACUCGGCCACUUCUUCGCCAGAUGAGAUCAUUGAGGCGAUCAAGUCAGUAGCUUUGGCCACUGCUGAGGUUGCUGCUGCUGCAAGAGCUACUGCAAUGGAAAAAGCGGCUGCAGCUGUGAAGGCCAAGACUGCUGCCAAGAAUGCCUUAGGGUUACUAGAUUAUAUUUCAAGGAGUGAAACUGCCCGAAAGGGUUGCCCGGCCAAAACCAAAGCACGAAAGAAACACGUGGCAGUCAAGCUCUUGUAUAGGAUUAAACAGCCUGCAGGGAGCCAAGAAACUGAUGAAGAAUUGGCCCGGAGGUUGCAUCGAGCUAUGAACAGUUCCCCAAGAAUUUCAUGCAAUAAACAGAAGAAGCUUUGUGGUUCUGGGAAAGAGGAGGUUCCUAAGGGUAGUGCUGUGUCCAAUGGAAACUCAACUGCUUCAUGUGAUAAAGUUGUUCAGUUCAAUAAUGGACAUUCUGUAGAUAACUUGGAGGAAAAGAUUGUGGUGUGUUCCAAAAAUGACCUUUUUGAGAGGGAAGAGGAUGAAUCUGGCUGUUCUUUAGAAAAGCAUCAUCAUCGGUCUAUGGAUAAAGGAAGUUCUGGUGGUAAAAAAGUGAAAAUUAAGCAAAAGAAAUUGCCUUUAAGUCAAUGUAAUGCCAGGGAUCAGGGAGAAUCCAAAGAGGCUCCGAGCUUUGUGGAUCAUUCAGUGACUGAGGAAUCUGAGUUGGAUCAUGUAGAAAGACACUCAUCAUUCAACAAUGCAAAACAGUCUGAUGAUGGGCAGUUCUCGAUGAUAAUUACAUCAACAUGGAAAUGCAAGAAGCUCAAGAUGUCGCAGUGUUCUUCUGAUAGCAAGAUCUUGCAUGCUCUAUGUUCAAAUCCUUCACCUACUAAGCCCUCUGGUAUGGUUAAAGUUGAUUAGUGAGGUAACUUUAUUUUUUAGAUAGAUGUUGGUGUUGGAGCUCUUGUUAGCUUUAAAAGCAGCUGGAGAAAUGAAUAUAUGUUGAAUUUUGUGUCCUGGACAUAGAUCUGGAGAAGAUGUCUUAUGCUAUAUGGUUGCUUGUUUUAUGAUUUCAUUUCAUACAGGGUGCUUGUUUUCUGAUGUCAUGUUCUAUAGAAGGCUUGCUUCUUUUGUUAUGUUCUAAUGUAUCACUUUUUAUAUACCUUUGUGCUAUAUGUUAUUGCGAAAUUUGUUGGAGAAAAUCUAUUAUUUGUUAUUGAUGGA